AUGCAGAUGAUAGAUUAUCUAUGCGAAGAGUUGAUUGUUGAAAUAUUUACAAGACUACCACCGAAAUCCCUCCUCCGAUUUAGAUUACUCUCUAAAUCAUUAUAUACAUGUAUUUCUAGUCCCCAGUUCAUACGCUUGCACACAUUCCGAUCCCCACAAAAAAUCCGCUUCACGCAUGAAAAUAUUGACAAUAAUAAAAUAGCAGAAGUCGUUUAUACAUUACACGGAGAAGACGAAUUGCCCUUGUGUUUGUGUCCCAAACCUGGAUAUAUUGGUAUAACAACAACAAUUCCGUUUCCUUGUAGCAGUAGGUUCAGAACUGUUGGUUCAUGUAAUGGAACUUUCUGUUUGAAGACGAAAAAUGUUUUGACUCUAUGGAACCCUUCAAUCAGACGCAAAGUAAGAGUGCCUGAAUGUCCUCGGAGUUCUAAACUCGCUUUGGGAGGUAUUGGGUUUGGAUUUGACCCAAUCAAUGACGAUUACAAAAUUGUUUGGAUAUCAUAUGAAAAAGACAGUUCAUUUGUUUAUGCGGUGAAGACAGGCACUUGGUGUGAGAUUGCUUCCCCUAAACCUGAGUUUACUUAUGUGCGACGUGAGGCCUUUUUAUUCAAAGGAGUAUUGCAUUGGGAGGUAAAUCAUUUUGACUUAGACUUUUCUUGUAUACUGACAUUCGAUUUGAGCACUCAUGUUUUUGGUAUGAUUCCAUUUUCUGGAUUGGCUCCGGACUGGUUGACGACAAGACUAUCAACCAUCCCAAGACAAGUAAACUUCCAGUUGAUGGAGCUUUUCAAUUCCAACCACAACCGCAAACAACCAACGAGUGUAAUUUGUUGCUCACUACUUAUGGGGAAGGGUUCCAAAUUUAUAAUCCCAAGACAGGGUUGCGAUCAGGAGUACUCGGAUUCAAUGCUUCUUCUAGUUUAA